AUGGCACAAGCAGCAGCAAGUUCGGGAUGGUUGAGAGGAAGAGUGAAAGCUGCUCCAUCUGGUGAUACCUUGGUGAUUAUGGGAUUUACCAAAGCUGAAAUACCCCCAGAGAAGACUAUCGUUUUGGCUCAUCUUUCAUCCCCAAGAUUGGCCCGUAGAGGAGGCAAUGAUGACCCGUUUGCAUGGGAAAGCAGAGAAUUCUUACGAAAGUUGUGUAUAGGAAAGGAUGUUGUUUUCAAAACGGAAUACACAAUCCCAAAUUUCUCCCGAGAAUUUUGCAGUCUUUUCGUUGGUACUACAAAUAUUGCGAAGGAGGUUGUUACUCAUGGCUGGGCGAAGGUUAAAGAGGCUAAAGGAGAGGUGACUCCUGAGCAUGCUGAAUUGCUACGCCUUGAAGAACAAGCCAGGCAACAGGGAAUAGGUCUAUGGAACAGGGCUCCCGGUGCUUCUGCAGCAGCCAUCAGGAAUCUUCCACCCUCAUCUGUUGGUGACCCAAGCAAUUUAGAUGCAAUGGGGCUCUUAGCUGCAAACAAAGGCAGACCCAUGGAAGCAAUUGUAGAGCAAGUUCGUGAUGGGAGCUCGCUUCGUGUUUAUCUGCUUCCAGAGUUUCAGUUUGUCCAAGUGUUUGUUGCUGGAAUCCAGGCACCUUCAAUGGGAAGAAGGACAAUGGCUGAACCUACUGCAACAACUGAGGUACCCUCUGAUGAACCCAAUGGAGAAACUAAUGGCGAGAUUCGUGGCACCUUAACAUCGGCACAGAGAGUUACAGCUUCGUCAGCCUACAAUGAAGUUGCCCCUGAUCCGUAUGGAAGGGAAGCUAAACAUUUUACUGAGAUUCGCGUACUAAAUAGAGAUGUCCGGAUUGUUCUGGAGGGCGUUGACAAGUUUAGCAAUUUAAUAGGUUCCGUCUAUUACCCUGACGGUGAAGCAGCAAAGGACCUCGCACUGGAGCUUAUUGAAAAUGGGUUUGCCAAGUAUGUUGAGUGGAGUGCAAUCAUGAUGGAAGAUGAAGCCAGGAGGAAGUUGAAGGCUGCAGAACUUCAAGCAAAGAAGAGUAAGUUGAGGCUCUGGACAAAUUAUGUACCCCCAGCUACAAAUUCAAAGGCAAUUUCAGAUAGUUUCACUGGAGAGGUGGUUGAAGUUGUUAGUGGAGACUGCAUCAUUGUUGCUGAUGAUGCUGUACCAUUUGGCAGUCCAGCAGCAGAGCGACGAGUAAACCUGUCAAGCAUCAGGUGUCCCAAACUGGGAAAUCCCCGAAGAGACGAAAAGCCUGCUCCUUAUGCCCGUGAAGCAAGGGAAUUUCUAAGAACACGCUUAAUUGGCCGUCAGGUACAAGUUUCAAUGGAAUACUCUCGAAAGGUCCCCAUGGCCGAUGGAUCCACUGCUCCAACUGGGCCUGCAGAUACAAGAGUAAUGGGCUUUGGAUCAGUCUUCCUGUUGUCUCAAGGGAAGGAUAGCGAGGAUGUCUCGCCCGCUCCCCUCCCUGCAGGUGGGCAGCAGCCUGGUGUGAAUGUUGCUGAACUCAUUAUUGCCCGUGGCUUUGGCGCUGUCAUUAGACACAGAGAUUUCGAGGAAAGAUCGAAUUACUAUGAGAAUCUUCUUGCUGCUGAAUCACGCGCUACUGCUGGGAGGAAGGGGAUACAUUCUUCCAAAGAUCCUCCAGUUAUGCAUGUCAUGGAUCUCUUGACGGCAUCAGCAAAAAAAGCCAAAGAUUUCCUUCCAUUUCUACAACGUAACCGGAGGAUGUCAGCUGUUGUUGAAUAUGUCCUUAGUGGCCAUCGGUUUAAACUGUUUGUUCCUAAGGAAACCUGCAGCAUUGCUUUCUCUUUCUCCGGUGUCAGAUGCCCUGGUCGUGAGGAGCCUUAUUCCAAUGAAGCUAUAUCACUUAUGAGAUGGAAAAUAAUGCAGAGGGAUGUUGAGAUUGAAGUAGAAACUGUUGAUAGAACCGGUACAUUCUUGGGUUCGUUAUGGGAAUCAAAAACUAAUGUCGCUAUCACCCUUCUGGAAGCUGGCCUUGCAAGACUUCAGACUUCCUUUGGAACUGAUAGAAUUCCAGAUGCUCACCUUCUUGCUCAAGCGGAGCAGUUUGCCAAGAGACAGAAAUUGAAGAUAUGGGAAAACUAUGUCGAAGGAGAGCAAAUUUCCAACGAUCCAGCUCAUGAUAGAAAACAGAAAGAAGAAUUUAAGGUGAUGGUCACUGAGGUCCUUGGUGGCGGCAAGUUUUACGUCCAAGCAGUUGCUGAUCAGAAAGUUGCUUCCAUUCAAAAGCAACUUGCUUCUUUAAAUCUCAAAGAAGCUCCAGUGCUUGGCUCAUUCAGUCCAAAGAAGGGCGAUAUUGUCCUUGCUCAGUUUACUGCAGAUAAUUCGUGGAACCGAGCAAUGAUUGUAACUGCUCCACGUGGUGGUGUUCAAUCAGCUAAAGACAGAUUUGAAGUUUUUUACAUCGAUUAUGGAAAUCAAGAAGUUGUUGCGUAUAACAACUUGCGUCCUCUGGAUCCAUCAGUAUCGUCUGCACCUGGGAUUGCUCAACUUUGCAGCCUCGUGUACCUAAAGGUUCCGACAUUGGAUGAGGAUUACGGUCAGGAAGCAGCUAUGCUUCUAAGUGACACCACACUCAAUGGUCCAAAGGAAUUCAGAGCCGUGAUCGAGGAAAAGGAUACAUCUGGCGGAAAAGUUAAAGGCCAAGGAACUGGGAACGUUCUCUUGGUAACUUUGAUCGAUGACGAAUCUGGUAAGAGUGUCAAUGCCAUGAUGCUGAAGGAAGGAGUAGCAAGAUUAGAGAAAAGAAGGAGAUGGGAACCUAAAGAGAAACAAGAAGCCAUGAAUGAAUUAGAAAAACACCAAUCAGAAGCACAUAGACAGCGGUUGGGGAUGUGGGAGUACGGCGAUAUCCAGUCCGACGAUGACGAGAAUCCUCCGCCCAUUAAGAAAACCGGUGCCGGUAAACGCUAAACCUUUUGCAGCACCUGAAUCGAGUUGAGUCGAGUUGAGUUGAGCUGAGCUG